AACACGAUCAACAUUCAAUAUGGCGGAGCAUUCGACAUCCCUCUUAUCCCAGAAGUCUUCCGAUUCAGGACUGCAUAUCCAGCUUCAUCCCCUCAUCCUCCUCACCAUCUCCGACCACAUCACCCGCCAUGCGGCCCGGCAGCAACGCGGCCCUAUAGUCGGCGCUCUCCUGGGCCAACAGAACGGGCGCGAGAUCACCCUGGAACAUGCAUUCGAAUGCAUCGUGGUGGAAGGCCCUAACGGGGAAGCUCAACUGUCCGAUGGCUGGUUCGUCGAACGGGUGCAACAGCUCAAGGACGUUCACAAAACCCCCGCCCUCGACCUUGUAGGCUGGUGGUCGACUGCUCCACCAUCCGGUCCAAACACAUCUCACCUGCCAAUCCACCGCCAGAUGCUCCAGAGCUACAACGAAUCCACCGUGUUUCUUGCCUUCCACCCCUCCCAGGUCCACGGGGCGUCCUCGAAUAGCGCCAAGCUCCCACUGACAGUCUACGAGAGCGUUUACGAGGGCGAGCAUGCUGCAGAUGGCGGCAAGGCUAUGCAGGUCGAUGGCGAAGAGCACUUGCUGACAAUACGAUUCCGCGAGCUACCCUAUUUUGUGGAGACCGGCGAGGCAGAGAUGAUCGGCGUCGACUCCAUCGCCAGAAGCGCUCGCAACGCAGCCGCCGUGGAUGAACCGAGCACAACCACCGGCGGGCCGUCCAGGAAAGAAGACCAGAAGACAAAGGACAACAAUACAACCCUGCUCUCCCAGGAAGACGAAGAACUAAUCGCCAACCUCAACACCCGCCUCAACGCCAUCCGAACCCUCGAGUCCCGCAUCUCGCUAAUCAAAUCUUACCUCGCCAGCAUAUCCACCGCCGAAGGCUCCACCACCACCGACAGCACCAAACAAGCGACGCUCUCGUACCCCAUCCUCCGCAACAUCAACUCCCUCCUCGCCCACCUCUCGCUCCUCACCCCGACCGAACAAAGCGCCUUCACCUCCGAGAUCCUCGCCCAGAGCAACGACGUGCACCUCGUCGCGCUCCUAGGCAAACUCGGCCAGAGCAUCAGCUCCAUGCGCGAGCUGGGCAAACGCACUGCGGUCGUCACCCACGUCCGGAGGACUAACGUGCCCCCGCGGAAGUCUCAAGGGAUAUCGGCGUCGUCGUCGCGCUUCGACGAGGAAAUGUACAUGGGUCGGGACGGCAUGGCAUGAUCUAUGGCUGACGACGUGACCCGCUUUUUUGCGCUUUCCUCACUGCAUCAUCGUCACGCGAAUGAUACACCGUGCUAAUAUGAAUCCAUCCCCUUGUUUGAGUGCACCAGUGCCUUAGAACGCUUAUUAAUGAAUCAUGAAUGAAGCGAAACCUUUCUUUCCUCUUUAUGA